GGGGGUUGAGGGUUUGGGGGUUGGGUGGAAGAGGUCGGGCGAGAUCACCGAGAGAGGCGUGUAGACUGGGGUAGUUAUAGAGAGGCGGCUACGAGCCGUGGUUGCCCUCUGUCUUAUGGAAGGGCAGUCUGAAGUGCAGGAACAGAAGAGGAAGGCUACAGGGAAGAGGAGGCUGAGCAGUAGCAGCAGCAGCCGUAGCAGCAGUAGUAGUAGUAACGGAAACGCUAGCGCGGACGUGGAGAUGGCUACUGCGACCUUGUCGGUCCCGAAGGAGCCGUGUAGAUCGUUUUCGGGUAGGAAAAGGAGUAAUCACAAAAAUAAAAAAAGCGCUAAGAAGGAUGCUGCGUCGCGGAAUACUCAGGGCGAGUGUGUUGAGUCUUCCUCUGUAGUGGAUGCCUCGCCGUCUCAAGAGGCAAAUCGGUCUACUAGUCAAUCCCCCUUGGAUGCAAGCGAAUCUUCCACUGUCAGUGACCCUUCCCCUGCACCUGAGCCGGAAGUGGCUAUGGUGGUGGCGGCGGCUUCGUCUAGAGAGGACGUCCCAAUCAUCCCUGGCCUGUCGGAUAACACGGCGUUGGUCAUCCUAGCACUUAUACCGCUUUCUUAUCAUCAACCUCUGAAGAGAGUGUGUAAGAAAUGGCAAAGAUGUUUGACAACUGUAGAGUCUACGAACGAGGUACUGGACAUGCGAAAGUUUCAAGGUGUGAAAGAGACGUGGGUAUUCUUGCUGGCCAGUGCAAGACAACAGCGCCAGCAGUGGCGGGCCUUUGACCCGGUGUACAACAGGUGGAGGUGUUUGCCACAAUGCCCUUGUGAUUACACGUUUAACAGCUGCGACAAGGAGUCUGCAGUAGCAGGAACUCAUCUCUUGGUAACUGGUCACAGUUCGACUGGUACGACGGUCUGGAGAUAUGAUCUGCACACCAACGAAUGGGGGAAAGCUGCCAAGAUGCUGCAGAGUCGAUGCUUGUUUGCAUCUGCAAGUCAUGGAAAGUAUGCGUACUUCGCUGGUGGAUCAUGUGAAGGUUCAGUCAUAAGCUCGGCAGAGCGGUAUAACUCUCAGACCAGAAAGUGGGAGCCACUUCCCGAUCUCCAUGUGAGUCGGAAAUGGUGCUCCGGAUGUAUUUUGGAUAACAAGUUCUUUGUGAUAGGUGGGCAAGGUAGUGAAAAGCAAGCGUUGACGUCAGGAGAGUAUUACGAUGAGUCGGAAAACAGAUGGGUUAUAGUUGAAAACAUGUGGCCGGCUGCAAGGACACAGCCUCCAGGCCAAACAGCACCACCUCUAGUUGCUGUCGUAAAAGAUCAACUCUAUGCUGCUGAUGCCAGCACCAUGGAACUUAAUGCUUACCACAAAGGAACAAACACCUGGAGACCUCUAGGACCUGUUCCAUAUCGUAGUGUUGAUGCUAGUGGAUGGGGCAUGGGGUUCAAGGCCGUGGGAGACGAGAUUUUUGUAAUUGGAGGGUCCAGUGACAGGGGAAACGGGACUUUUUGCGACCAGAUUCAUGCAUGGCCUCCCGCGCAAAUGCAAAAUGCGGAUGGCUGGCGCCUGGUCGGCCAACUCCCCAACACAAGUGGCUUCAUCUAUAAUUGCGCUGUCAUGAUAGUUUGAAAGACAUUUGUGCUGGGCUUAGGGUAAUCUCCCCAGACCUGAUUUCGUGUUAGUGACACCAAGGCAGGAAAGGAGGUAACAUUCAAGUUGUCUGAAGAGACUCCACACAGGAUGUUCGAUUCAGUCGGAAGAGGCGUUUGCCAUGAAAGUUGAUGGUAAGGUCAUGUGUUGCGAGAAUCGCUGAAGAACUCGAUCUGUGUCACGGAGCUUUCUUAGAAGUAGGAAAUUGGAAUGGCGCGGUAUGAGGAUGUUUCCCAGCCCUAUUGAAAGUGUAGGCAUGGCGACUUCCACAUGUGAAUUGAAUUCGGAUCGCAAUCGGGGCUGCCAGAAAAAAAGGAUGCAGGGGUGUUGCGGUGGAGGUCUUGGUCUUGAUCUACAGAGGUCAACAUGGAAUAAGCUCUGCAUCUGCACGAUUGUCGAAUUGUUAGUAGGUUUGCUGGAGAUGCAAACACUGGCCUCCGAGAUUCAGUUUGUAUAGAGGAGAGCAGAAUUGCCAUUCUUUCCAGGAUUUUGUAUUGCAAACCAAAGAAAACUUCGCUGACCAGGCCUGACUCUGUCUUCAGUUUUCUGGGCCACAGAGAAACCAACUGUUGGUUUGAACUCGUUGAGUUAAACCUCCCAGUCAGAACCCAGGGUUGCUAUUACUGUGUUCAGAUUCGUUGAAGUGGGUAAGUAUGCACGGGCUUCUCUUUCAUUCUUGAUGUUCUCGUAGAAGGAGAGGGUUAGGUUUUAGAUUUUUCCUUGUAGAUUCCUGUAUUGCGAUGGCAGUUACCACUGAAACCGGCAGUGCUUGUCAGUAGUACUGAGUAUUACCUUCACACCGGUUCCUUACGAUACUGCUGCGGAUUGGGGUUCAGAAAUGUCUCCUCGUGUUCCCUUAGCCGCUGUAAGCCUCAUUGUGAAUUGUUCUAAGACGCAUAGUAGGUUAGCUGGUAUUGCUCCCGUUCUCGCUCGACCUUUGGUGCUGGUCCUCAUCGGGGUACUUUGUGUCGAUUCUUUGGACACAUCUAUUUAUGUUUCAACUUCAUAGGCUUGUAAAUGAAAGUGUACAGAGAAUCUUCUUUUUCCGGCCUGUUUAAUUAUCUAUCGUUGAGGGUUAAAUCUUCGGCUAUGAUGUUCUAGUUGUUGCAACCUUUUAUUUAAUUCUUCAAUAUAAUUGCUUCCUUGCCUAGAACGUUUUUGCGCA